GAAAACAGAAGAGACAAAAUUAAAAAAGAAAAAUAAUAAAAAGAGGGAGAAAUAAAAAGAAAGAGGGAACAUGGUUGUUGAAGAAUGAUCUCAGACACAGAACCUGAAGAACACGCCAACGCGGCCACCGUUGCCGGAAAAUCCUCUGCCGGUUUUUCCUUUGAUGAUCAUCUCGCACCGCCGGCAGCUCCAAACAUUGUCAUGUCCUCCAAGGAUCACGAUUCUCUCUUCAGUGGUGGCGGUAUCAGCCUUCUGUCUGGAAGUCGAAAUGGAAGGUUCAGCUAUGGAUAUUCCAGUUUCAAGGGUAAAAGAUCUUCAAUGGAGGAUUUUUUUGAGACCAGAAUAUCAGAAGUUGAUGGUCAGAUGGUUGCCUUUUUCGGUGUUUUUGACGGUCACGGAGGUUCUCGGACUGCAGAAUACCUGAAAAACAAUUUGUUUAAGAAUUUGAGUAGCCAUCCCGAUUUUAUCAAAGACACCAAGACCGCAAUUGUUGAAGCAUUUAAACAGACAGAUGUUGAUUACCUCAAUGAGGAAAAAGGACAUCAAAGGGAUGCUGGGUCCACUGCAUCAACAGCUGUAUUGUUGGGUGACCGCAUUCUUGUUGCAAAUGUUGGCGAUUCCCGAGUAGUUGCGAGUAGAGCUGGUUCAGCUGUUCCUUUGUCCGUUGAUCACAAACCUGAUAGAUCUGAUGAGCGUCAAAGGAUUGAGCAGGCUGGGGGAUUCAUAAUUUGGGCAGGAACCUGGAGGGUUGGUGGUGUUCUUGCUGUUUCUCGUGCAUUUGGAGAUAAACUUCUUAAGCCAUAUGUUGUUGCUGACCCAGAAAUUCAGGAGGAAGAGAUUGAUGGUGUAGAUUUUAUAAUAAUAGCUAGUGAUGGUCUUUGGAAUGUCAUAUCAAACAAGGAAGCGGUGUCUUUGGUACAAAAUAUCACAGAUGCGGAAGUGGCAUCCAGAGAACUAAUUAAAGAAGCAUAUUCACGAGGAAGCUCAGACAACAUCACUUGUGUUGUUGUUCGAUUCGAUCUAUCCUGAUUUGCCUCUAUGCUUGGGUAUCUGUUAUUUCUAACUGAAUUCCGGAGUAUAGAAAUCAUAAACGGGUGUGAAGGCUUACUUUGUUUUCAAAUGAGUUACUUCUGUUAAAUUAUUUUCAUUAUGAUAUUCCAACACUGUAAAUUGUUUCAUCUUCAAGAUACUCCUAGCUAGAAAAAUGGGAAUACAUGUAGAUGCAUUUGAUUUUACCCUUGAAGGCUCUAUCUCUAGGACUCAGCUAGUUAAUGUGGCCCUCUGAACAGCUAAAGUGCAGUAUUUUGUAUGGUUAUGUUGAUACAGUCUCUCAUAGCAUGUUUGGAUUGAUAUUAAACACACAAUCUGAAGCAUGUCAACCUAGAACCUAAAUCUUUUGGAUUCUCUCUUGAAGUGAUUAUAUAUGUGUUUUUAGUACAACUUAUGUUAAGUCCUUGUAAAAUUGUCAAUAUUUAGUUAUAGUCUUCAAAUUUUUAAA